UACGAAUACAUACACGACCGGCGAUAAAUAGGUUUUACUCGAUUCCGCUGCGACGGAGGCUGAGGGGGGCGCCGUGCUCCGGCGCUGAUUCGGUAGGUUGGCAGAUUACUCCGGCAAGGAUGAGAAUGACCUGACGAUUCUAAUUGCAAAUAUUAAUUAAACUAGCUGAGGUUGGAAGAAGUGAUCCAUCCACCAUGGAAUCAACUCCAGAAACUGGCACCCAGGUUCUUCCCGCGAGACCUCGAAUCCUUCUAGCUGCUUCCGGAAGCGUUGCGGCCAUUAAGUUCGAAAACCUUUGUCGCAGUUUCAUGGAAUGGGGAGAAGUUCGGGCUGUUGCCACCAAAUCCGCCCUGCAUUUUGUAGACAAAUCCUCGCUUCCAAGCAGCGUUAUUCUUUAUACAGAUGAUGACGAGUGGUCCGGCUGGAAAAAGAUUGGUGAUGAGGUAUUACACAUUGAGCUUAGGAAAUGGGCAGAUGUCCUCGUCAUUGCUCCACUAUCAGCAAAUACGCUCGCCAAGGUUGCUGGAGGAUUGUGCGAUAAUUUGCUGACAUGUAUUGUGAGAGCUUGGGAUUACAGCAAGCCUUUGUAUGUCGCCCCGGCCAUGAACACCUUUAUGUUGAACAAUCCCUUCACGAAACGCCAUCUACACACGAUUGGGGAGCUCGGCGUCUCUCUUCUUCCUCCAAUCACGAAAAAACUGGCCUGCGGCGACUACGGAAACGGCGCCAUGGCCGAGCCAUCCGUGAUCUAUAAUACAGUAAGGCUCUCUUUCAAUGAAUCUUCAGCAAGUGGUAACAGCAAAGAUCAGAGCAUUUAAAACUUUUGAGGUGACACAUACGCACCUCUCAAUUCUUAUAUAUUUACAAAUCUGACCACCCAAACUUGACUUUUUUACAUUUAUACCGCCGAAAUCUUUCGUAUCACAUAAAAAAUAUCUGUUUUUUUAUCUUUUAAAAAGUGGGACACAUUUCUAAUGCAUGGGCAUGGUGGUAUAUUAUGUAAAAAUUGAAAGUAUAGGUGUUAGAUAUAUAAAUACGGAUUGAGUGGCAUGUAUGUAUGUUACUGGAACCGAAGCUUGACUGGAAUGCAGCUCUUUUACAAUAUUUUGUAACAUUACUGCUGAUUAUUUGCUUCUUUUUAUGUGCACAUUUCUGGCCAAUUUUGUUGUAUUUGUGCUAAUUUAUAAAAGUACUGCGAUCCACUUUCUUUUUUUAUU